AUGGCUUAUUCUGUGAAUACGACACCCCUUUUGUACUCCACCCAGCUGGAUUCGGACGAAGAAGAUAUCGUCGAAAUUAACGGCAGAGAUAACAAACCUUUGCUUAAAACCCAAGAACCUCGAGACAAGUUUUAUGGGGCUUACCUAACGUUUUACCUGUUGGGGAUUGUAAGUUUGCUGCCAUGGAAUUUCUUUAUAACAGCUGAUGAUUACUGGAUGUAUAAAUUUAGGAAUGUAAGCAGUAAUGUUAGUAUAAGAGAAGAUGCGCCUUCGAGGAAUACUUUACAAGCGGAAUUCACUUCCUAUCUUAAUUUAGCAUCGUGCUAUCCUAAUUUAAUUAUGCUCAUUUUCAGUACUGUGAUAAUAGAAAAGGUGUCCCUUUAUAAGCGGGUGCUUAUACCUUUAGUAAUAACGUUGUUUCUAAUGAUGCUAACUUUAGUUUUUGUUAAUUUGAAUACUGAUAAAUGGCAAGAAUUGUUCUUGUGGCUGACGCUGUUUAUCACCCUUCUGCUUAACAUUGUAACUCCGAUAUUCGGCGGAAGCGUAACGGGCAUCGUAGGGAAAUUUUCACCGACCUACAUCACAGCUGUAGUGGGCGGGCAGUCGUUAGGGGGCAUAUUCGCGGCUCUGACUCAAAUCGCCGCUCUAGCGAUCGGGGCUUCCUCCACCCAUUCGGCUCUGGUGUACUUCAUCAUAGGGAAUUUGACGAUCGUUCUCGCCAUCGUUUCUUUCGUGUACUUGGCGAAAUCGGCGUUUUUCAAUUUCUACGUGAGAGAUCAACACGUCGUGAGCAACAUCCAAUCGACCGAAUCCAUUCAGCUUCAAGCGGUGUCGUAUAAACUCGUUUUCAAGAAGAUAUGGGCGUAUUGCGUUUGCGUCUUUAUCACAUUCUUUAUAACGAUAUCGCUGUUUCCCGGAGUGAUGGUGCUGAUUGAAUCCGAAGGAAAAGGCCAAGGGAGCAGAUGGAGCGAUACUUAUUUUGUACCCACGAUAACUUAUUUACUGUUCAAUUUCGGCGAUUAUAUUGGAAGGCUCGUGGCCUGCAAAGUCAUUAAGCCGAAAAGUAUAACAUUGAUAACGAUAUUUACCUUGACCAGGAUCAUAUUUAUUCCCUUAAUAUUGCUAUGCAACUGCCAUCCGAGACAUCACCUAGCCGUAGUGUUCGAUAAAGAUUAUUAUUAUGUUAUUAUAUGUUUCAUUUUUGCGUUUACAAACGGAUAUCUGAUGAAUUUGACAAGUAUUUUAACGCCUAGAAUUGUCGACCACCAUGAGAAGGAAAUUGCGUCAUUAAUAACAGUAGUUUUCGUCGCUUCCGGGGCUGCUGUAGGUUCUAGCAUCAGUUUGUUUAUUAUCAGAUUACUUUAA